AUGGGCCAAACAUAUACGCAUGUUCUCGCUAACUUUACUUCAAUAAAUGAUUCGCAAUCUUAUUAUGUUGUAGACGUUGAUAAAGACGCCUGUGCCGUGGCAGAUGAGCCCAAAUAUCCAAGUAGCUUCGGAAUUACAUUGGCUGUGCCGGAAUGGGAGGCGAUUUGUACAGCCAUAGUACUUACCCUUAUCAUUAUUUCGACCAUUGUGGGCAAUAUAUUAGUAAUAUUAAGUGUAUUUACUUAUAAACCUCUUAGAAUUGUCCAAAACUUUUUCAUAGUAUCAUUAGCGGUAGCAGAUUUAACGGUAGCUAUUUUAGUUCUUCCUCUUAAUGUUGCAUACUCCAUUUUGGGUCAGUGGAUUUUUGGGAUUUAUAUGUGCAAAAUGUGGCUGACAUGCGAUAUAAUGUGUUGCACUUCCUCUAUAUUAAAUCUUUGCGCCAUAGCACUCGACCGAUAUUGGGCUAUAACUGACCCAAUAAAUUACGCACAAAAGAGAACAUUGGAAAGAGUACUUCUCAUGAUUGGUAUAGUAUGGAUAUUAUCUCUAAUAAUUAGUUCCCCGCCUUUGUUAGGAUGGAACGACUGGCCGGAUAUAUUUGAACCAGACACGCCUUGCCGAUUAACUUCGCAGCCUGGUUUCGUUAUAUUUUCUUCCUCUGGAUCAUUUUAUAUACCAUUAGUUAUCAUGACAGUAGUGUAUUUUGAAAUAUAUUUGGCAACUAAAAAACGAUUGAGAGAUCGAGCUAAGGCUACUAAAAUAAGUACUAUAUCUAGUGGCAAAAGCAGAUUUUCAUCGAAAGAACAAAAUGAUCAAGACUCGGUAAGCUCUGAUGCUAACCACAAUGAUAACCAAGGAGAUACAAAACUACGUUCUAGUAAGGAUAAAAAGAAGAAAUCAAUAAAAACAACUUCAAAAACUAGACCGAUCCGAAAAUAUUGGAGUAAAGACGAUAAAUCUCACAAUAAACUUAUUAUACCAAUUUUAUCUAAUGACAAUUCUGUAACAGAUGCGGCAGAGAAUUUAGAAAAUAGAAAUACUUCUUCAGAGAGCAAUUCUAAAGAAACCCACGAAGACGAUUUGGAGGUCAUAGAAUCUUCGAUUGCUAAGGUUCAGAAACGUCAAAAAACAAGUCAGCAAAAUACUGUGUACCAAUUCAUAGAAGAGAAACAGCGUAUAUCACUUACACGAGAACGAAGAGCGGCUCGUACACUUGGUAUAAUUAUGGGCGUCUUUGUCGUUUGUUGGUUGCCGUUUUUCGUACUUUAUGUAGUAAUUCCAUUCUGUUCAAGUUGUUGUUAUUCAAAUAAAUUUAUAAAUUUUGUGACAUGGCUAGGAUACAUAAACUCAGCCCUAAAUCCUUUAAUAUACACCAUAUUUAAUAUGGACUUCAGGCGAGCGUUCAAAAAACUUUUAUGCAUAAAGCCCUGA